CUGUGGGUAGGCGGCGGCGGUGGUGGUGGCGGCGGCGGCUGCGCUGAGGGCCCGCGGCCGAGGGAGGCCGUGUGCCGAACAUGGCUGAGAAGCAGAAGCACGACGGGAGGGUGAAGAUCGGACACUACGUGCUGGGGGACACCCUGGGCGUCGGCACCUUCGGCAAAGUGAAGAUUGGAGAACACCAGUUGACAGGCCAUAAAGUGGCAGUUAAGAUCUUAAAUAGACAGAAGAUUCGCAGUUUAGAUGUUGUUGGAAAAAUAAAACGAGAGAUUCAAAAUCUUAAACUCUUUCGUCAUCCUCAUAUUAUCAAACUUUACCAGGUGAUCAGCACUCCAACAGACUUUUUUAUGGUCAUGGAAUAUGUGUCUGGAGGUGAAUUAUUUGACUACAUCUGUAAACAUGGGCGGGUUGAAGAGGUGGAAGCUCGGCGCCUCUUUCAGCAGAUUCUGUCUGCUGUGGAUUACUGUCACAGGCAUAUGGUUGUCCACCGGGACCUGAAACCAGAGAAUGUGCUGCUGGACGCUCAGAUGAACGCGAAGAUAGCUGACUUUGGACUGUCUAAUAUGAUGUCAGAUGGCGAAUUUCUACGAACUAGCUGUGGAUCGCCAAACUAUGCAGCACCUGAGGUCAUCUCAGGAAGGCUGUAUGCGGGUCCUGAGGUUGAUAUCUGGAGCUGUGGCGUUAUCCUGUAUGCCCUUCUCUGUGGCACCCUCCCCUUUGAUGAUGAGCACGUGCCUACGCUCUUUAAGAAGAUCCGAGGGGGUGUGUUUUAUAUCCCGGAAUAUCUCAACCGUUCUGUUGCCACUCUGCUGAUGCACAUGCUGCAGGUGGACCCCUUGAAGCGAGCGACUAUCAAAGACAUCCGAGAACAUGAAUGGUUUAAACAGGAUUUGCCCAGUUAUCUAUUUCCUGAAGACCCUUCCUAUGAUGCUAACGUCAUUGAUGAUGAGGCUGUGAAAGAAGUAUGUGAAAAAUUUGAGUGUACAGAAUCAGAAGUAAUGAACAGUUUAUAUAGUGGUGAUCCUCAAGACCAGCUUGCAGUGGCUUAUCAUCUUAUCAUUGACAAUCGGAGAAUAAUGAACCAAGCCAGUGAGUUCUACCUCGCCUCUAGUCCUCCAACUGGUUCUUUUAUGGAUGAUAGUGCCAUGCAUAUUCCCCCAGGCCUGAAACCACAUCCUGAAAGGAUGCCACCUCUGAUAGCAGACAGCCCCAAAGCACGGUGCCCAUUGGAUGCACUGAACACAACUAAGCCCAAAUCUUUAGCUGUGAAAAAGGCCAAGUGGCAUCUUGGAAUCCGAAGCCAGAGCAAACCAUAUGACAUUAUGGCUGAAGUGUACCGAGCUAUGAAGCAGCUGGACUUUGAAUGGAAGGUAGUGAAUGCCUACCAUCUUCGAGUAAGAAGAAAAAACCCAGUGACUGGCACUUAUGUGAAAAUGAGCUUGCAGCUUUACCUGGUUGACAAUCGGAGCUAUCUUUUAGACUUUAAAAGCAUUGAUGAUGAGAUGGUGGAGCAGAGGUCUGGUUCCUCAACACCUCAGCGUUCCUGUUCUGCUGCUGGCCUGCACAGACCAAGGUCAAGUUUUGAUUCCACCACAGCUGAGAACCACUCACUUUCUGGUUCUCUCACCGGCUCCUUGACUGGAAGCACUUUGUCUUCAGCUCCCCCCCGCCUGGGCAGUCACACCAUGGAUUUUUUUGAAAUGUGUGCCAGUCUGAUCACUACCUUAGCUCGCUGAUACUCUACCACUGGUUUCUGUCUUUCUGUUACUGCACUGUGAAAAUCACAUACACUCUUGAAGUUAUUAGCUCACUUUUGGGUAUUACAUACUCUGCAAUAUCAAUUGAUGUGAAUAUUCCCAGGUGACAUGCAGUGUAUUGAAAUUACUGAAAACACAAAAGUCUGGCGUUUUGUUUACUUUUAGAAUUCUAUUAUUCUACUGUGCCUAUGAUGAAUUCAAAUAGGUAGUACCUUUAAUGGAUGAAUGUUGAUAAAGUUUGCUAGUUUAUACUUGUGAGUUCACUACACAUGAUGAGCACACCUCACUGAUGAACCAGCUAAUUUAGGAGGUGAUACCUCCUUCCUUUAUGUUUAGUGCAUGUAAAUCCAGUUUGCUUCCUAAAUCUCAAAAGGUGUUAGACUAUUCAGGAACCCAGUUUUCUUGCACAAGGAGAUUAAAAAUAGAAUAAGUGUUGGUCAAAUAUUUAAAUGUAGAAAACUGAAAAUCCUGUCCUCCUAAAUAUUAGAAACCAAAUUCUUUUUAGUGGUUUCUGCAAAUACUGCUUAGUAUUAGCCAGAAAGACUGUUUCUGUUAACAGGUGCCCAGUCUCCAGGCUUAACAUUUGUGCAAGGCCCCCUAGUUAAAUCCCACCACCACCAAGCAAGACAAAACCAUGCAAAAGUAGUACACAGUUAAAUGAAACAAGGCAAAAUACCAACAGCCCCAUAAAGGAAAUUCUACUCUGAUGACCUGUUUUGUGUUUAUGGGCCUAGGGUGUGUUGGGAGGGCCAGGAGGUUAUGGCCCUGACAUCUUUGCUGAUUCACCUGAGGUUUAAGUUGUUAGUGAUGGCACCUCCUUCCUCAGUAGCCAUUGUCUUUGUUCAUUGUUCUUCAGUCUUGUGUGGCUCCUGGUCUUGAAUCUUUCAGUUCAAAGCCCUGUGCUGUGCAUGGGGUCUUUGUGUACUUCCAAAGCCUGAUUGCUGUGACUUUCACUGUUGAAACUGAUUGGACAGGGAAGCCUUAAACAUUUCAAAGUAUGUUCUCCUGGAAUAAGUAUAUGUGUUGUUUACAUAUAUACAUGUAUGUAUUGACACAUCAGUGCUUUUAAUCAAAAAGAACCAAACUUUUUUGUGCAAGUUUUUUUAAAAUUUAAGAUAAAAACACUAUAUAGCAGGAUAAAAUUAAUUGAUUAUAUUUUGUUUUAGUAAAAGUAUUUUUAAAUUAUAUAUAAUUUAUCUAAUAAUGUAUUUAUUAAUUUAUUGUGUUUAUGUUGUGAUUAAAAAAAAUCAUUGACCUGAUUUACCCUAGAAAAUAUUAAGCUCUUGAAAAUGAAAGCAACAUUGCCUUGACAGGUUUCUCUUCACCAAAAAUGGUAUAGUUCUAUCUACCAAGAAGGGCAAAUGAGACUAUUAGACUAAGUUUCUCAUGUGUUUAUGGAAGACAAGUUUGUCUGCCUGUAAAGAUCUUUUUAAAUUAUGAGUUUGCAUUAUAUCCCAUCAGAUAAUAUUGUAGUUCUUUUAGAAAACGAUGGUCAAUACUUAUCACUCCAAUUCUCAGUAUCAAAAUCUAAAGGACCUUUGUUCUGCAAUUUGAGAAAGAGGGUGGGUGUACAAUUAAGGUAGCUUAAGUUUUUAAUCUUCGAAAGAUUGCCAUCUUGUGGCAGUAGACGGUAAUUUUUAGUAGUUAUUUUAAUAGCAAUACUUAGCCCUGUUUUCUCUAAUGUGUUUUAUGGAUAUUUUGUAAUUCUGGCUUCUCCAAAUACGUACAUAUCCCUGUGUGUGUAGGGGAGCGUACCACCUCAAAAUAUUUGCCUAAUUAUGAAUGGGAAACUUUGAAAUAAGGAACUGAUUGGAUUCCUUAUCUCUAAUAACAACAUCCACAACAGUUUUAAAGGCAGGAAGGAUGCCAGAAUGCUUUAUUAGUCUAGUGCAUUUGAUGUUCAAAGCUUGCUCUUAGCAAAAUUACUUUGUUUGAAUGACUAUGAUGCUAUUGGAGAGCUAAAAACUAUUUAAAACAUAAUUCUUUUAUGAGUUUUGGUGAUGGAGUAAUUGGUUUGCAGGGAGAAUUCAGUGAAUCCUCUAGCAGAACAGAAGGCAGACCUUUGACCUAGCACACAUUUCCGUUACUCUUGGAAACAGAAUAGGAAAGAUUUCUUUGCAAAUUUAAAAUUUCCACAUUUCAGUUAACACUGGAUGUAGUAGGUACUGAGUUAAGAUCAGGCCCUCUUGGAUCCUAGGGAGAAUUACUGUUAGGUUAUAGAUGUAGGCCUUAUUUAUAUCCUGGAAAUGGAUUCCAUCUGGUUCUAAAAUGGUAUUUCCUAAAACAAAGAAAUACAUGGAAUAAUUUUGGAAAACCUUGUGUUCUGCUCUGCACCUUACAGAGGACAGUGGGUAUUAGCACUAAAGACUUGGAUGAGUUCUUUCAGAAAAAGCAAGCCACAUAACCGUGUGUAACCCUACUUUGCCCAAACUAGUUUACUGUUUUCAAACAUCUGCUGAGUAUGGUUGCUUCCCUGUAAUCCUAGUGGGGAGCAUGAGGCCAAAGUAGACUAGAUAGAUAGCAAGGCCUGUUUCACAAUGAAAACAAGAAGGAAACCUUAACAUCCAAUAAUAAAAUAUGGAAAACAGUUGGGCCUGAGUGCCACAGCCAGUGUGGUUGUGACACUUAGGACACACUUCUUCCCUCUCGGGUGCUUUGGACAGCCUGGCUCAAAUUCAGCACCACUCCGUGUACCGCAGACAGGUCCAUCCCGAGUUUGCAGCUUGUAUCACAUGCUGGGUUCUCCAUCAGACUGGUGGUUUUGCGGUAGAAUUUCUAUUCUUUUUUCUCUUAAUAGAUGACUGAAAAGUCUUAAACAAGAUUACUUGUGGAAAACAAAAGAAUAAGAGACCAGUGACUUUCUACUAUGGCUCCCUGAAGAGCCAAUCAGUUUUAAUUCAUUCUUCAGUGGCCACUGAACAUUUCCUAAGUACUUUUUGAUAGGAAACCAAAAUGGAAGCUGUCUCAAAUUAAAUCUGCAGGGAGAGAGAAAAGCAAACCAUCCACAAGUUGGGGUUUUGUUUUGAUGAAGAAACCAUUUUAGAGCCCCUUGUCACAUCUGGUCAUCUGCAGAGAGAACUCAGGGGCCUAAACUAAGCAGAAAUAUAUGUCCUUGUGUGCCAGGGAAUUGGCUUAUGUAGCGCAGUAAUUCUCUACUUUAUGCAAAUAGGUAUUCAAAGAUACUUAUAUAAUUCUGGGUAUACUUUUUCCUUGGUUUGUACUCAGGGAAUACAAAUUUAAUACUUGAGGUAAAAUGAAAUGUAAUUGGAAAAUAAUCAUAAACAACCAAAUCAGAUUUUUAUACUCCUUUAUCUGUAGUAUCUACUAAUAUGUAAGCAUGCUUAAUGUGGGCCCCACAUUGAUGUUUAUAAGAUUUAACAGCCUGGAACAUACCUACCAUAGACACUGCAGCUCUGUCUGUUCACUGGUUAAUAAGUUAAACUCCCAGUAUGAAGUCUCAUAUCUAAAUUUGAGAUCUGCUCAUAGACCUGUCUGGUUUGCGUUUGGUUUAAAGAUCUGAAACUCUUCAGUCUGGCAUAUCUCUCCCUGUUAGCUUUCCUUCAGUUACCCUGUGGCUUUUAGAGCAGGUGUUAGCACUUCAGUGGUCUGCAGCAGCUCUGUUGAAAAGUUGGGGUGAAGGCUAUGUGCAUCUCUUAGUAAGUUUCGUCUUGGACUUGGCCUCAAUUUUGAGACCCUGAAAUGCAAGAGAUAGAGAAAAGAGCUAACGUCCCUUUGAGCUCAAAAGUUCUGCCUUGUUUACUUCUUCAGAGAAUUUGUGUUAGUGUCCACUUUUUACAUAUUUGUAUUUUUAUAUUAGUAUGAAUGUUCUAUCUUAGUUUGAGUCAUUUCAAAGGUAUAUACGCCCGUAUUAUUCUAAACACAGCUACUUGGACUACUGGAAUGCAUAUGGCAAAAAUCAUCAGCAAAUCAAAAGCAUCCUGUGAACUCAGCAUUGAUCAGGAAAUGGCGACUGUAGUGGCGGCAGUGCUUGCCCAUUUCCAGUCCUGUUAGUACACCCUUACAGCAGCAGUCCCAUGAGCAGGAACAGCGGUCUCUCCCUAAGUCCUGAGUGCCAUGCAUGCAGGGAUUGAUUCAGUGGUGGCCAGGCAUCCCUGAUAAUACUUUGCCUUUCUUCUGGGCUCAGCAGUUUGAGUUUGUGAAACAUCUGCUAGGCAAGUAAUAAAAAUAAACACUGGUGUAUUGCUUCUAAGUCCUGGAGUGACAUACAGUAGUUGUAGCUGAAUAUCUAGUUUAAUUAUAAAAACUAGUUGAUUGCACUAACUAGAUGUAAUUAUGUGAAAUAUUUAUGAUUAUAUUGAUUUUUAUAAAUAUAAGUUAUUGAGGGUGCUUAAAAUCUAGAAAAAUCUCUAGAACAUAAUUUUUUCUUCAAUUUUAUUUAUGUGAUUUUUGGGGUGUGGGACUUUUGUACUGGGGAUUGAACCAGGGCUUCACACAUGUGAAGCACGUGCUUGAUACUGACCUAACCCCCUGCCCUCAUCCUGUGACUCUUAAGGUACAGUCUCUCUCUGUAAAGGAGAGCCCCGGUCCCCAUCUAAGUCAUCAUAGUUUGUGACUGUUAGCUGAAAUAGGCUUAGCUACACUUCAUAUUGGUAAUCUUUUAUUUUGUGCAUAAAUGAUAUGACACUAUUUUCAUAGAGUAUGUCUCUAUGAACUACCUAAUCACUAUUGGCUUGAUAGAAAUUCAAGCCUUUUCAAACUUGGAAAUAUAACUUAAUGAGCUUUAAAUCACACACAUAUACAUAUAUAUUAUUUAAACAAGUAAGCGGCUUCUGUACCAGCCUUUCCUUGAAUAUUUAUGAUGCAGUUGAUGCCACCAAACAGUUAUAGCAUUAGGAACAGGACCCACAGUCUAGACUGGAUUAAGUUUUCAUUGAACUUCUUCAGCCAUAACCUGAUAAGAAUCAGGUCCCAGCUAGAAGUUAUCAGACUGCAGGCCUGUAUUUUGUGAGCCAACAUUAAUGUUUACUGCCAGCCUUGCGAAGCAAUGCUGUUUGUGACUGCAUGUGACUUUUGGUAACUUUAGUUUAUGUCGAAAAGCAGUUCAAAUUUUAGAGAUAAUUCAUGAUUAUUUGGACAAGCAGGGUGGGUGAAUUCAAUUAUAUUUAAAGUGCAAUUAAGGAAAUUCUAGGGUAUAAUAUUCUCUCCAGUUUAAAAAAAAAAAGUUAAGGAUUUGUAGAAUGUCCCAGAAUGAAGAAAAAUUUGAACAUAGACUUUUUUUUAAAAUAAGGUUUAUACAAUGUUUUUUAAUUCAAGAUUUGCUACUUUGUGUUAAUUUAAAGUUUCAAAGAGAAACAGAAGCCUCCUAGGAAAGAAGAAUAGCAUUGUUAUUUUUCUCCUGCUAAUCUGAAUGCUAAAAGUCUCCUGUAAAUAAGUUUUGUUACCAAAUGAAGCCCAUUUUUCUAGAUGGAGAACAUUUUCCUAGAAUGGAAGAGACAUAGACCCACUGUCUACACAAAGAAAGAAACAGUGCCUGGUGCCUUCUCAAACAAAUGCAGAGGAAAAGCAAACACACAUCCAGACUCCAUUUUCUUGUGAGUUCUGUUUCCUUGUGACCUGCCCCACAGACUGUCACGUGGUUUGCUUCUGCCUUUUCAGUUCCACUUGACCAGACCUCACACCAUCACCACUGGAAGCUGUUCACUGAAUAGCGUUUCUGUUUCAUUUAUUUCACUUUUUAAAGCCACCUGGGCAAAUAUUUGGCUGCCUUCUUCUGCUUUUAAAAUGAAUGCAAUUACUAGCAAUCUUUAUAUUUUAAAGUUUAUAAAUGAAAGAAAUGCAGAGCUAAAGACCGAAUCUAAUUGAAAUCGAAUUCCCUGUUUGCUACUAUAGCAGCACAAGUUUGUAACCUUCUGUAGUUUUCUCUUGUACAAAAUGUGGAUAAUAACCUACCUCACAGAUGUGUGUGAGAAGCCACUUGAAAGCCUGGAAGGAGGGCUUUAGAGCCCCAUAUUCAAUGUCAAUCCUUCCUUUUCUACUAGACCCUUUGAUACUGAUAGGAUGAGUAUCUUGUUUUUAGACGUCAUAUGUAAUAAGAGCAUAGUGCUGAGAAUGUUUAAGACACAGUUUCACAAACUACAGUGUUCUUAUUGUAAGACACUUAACAUUUCUUGGAAACCUCAAAUAUUUAAAUAUCAAACCUGUCUUUUGUUUCAAUAAAUAUUGUUAUUCAGAAUGUUGGCUAAAGCUGCCUUAAUGUACCAAAAUACAGCUUUUCUGUCAAGACUGUUCACAAAUACCCAUGGUUGUACUGUUUUGAGUGUUGAUUGCGAAGUUGUUAUGAACUAUGACCUUGAAGGAUAGUAUUUUAAAAUUAUUUUGUGAGUAAUGGUUGUGUUUUUAUCACAUUUAACUAUUAUACAGUGAUUUUUGAGUGUGAACAAUAAAAUUGAAAUUUGGCAGAUACUAGGUUAUCUGUAUGAUUAUAACAUAAUGCAUUACUGGAUAGAAAUUAUUUGAUUUGUUUUUCAGGAACACCAUGCAUUCAUUCUUAGCCUGUAAAAUAGUCCCAUAAUGUAUUCAUGUAUUAACUCAUUGGUGUAGUGCUAGAGAAUGUCUUUAUUUAAAAACAUUGUUAAAUCAUUGAAAUGGGACUACUUUUUACAGUUGGUUUCAGAACAGAAGACAAUAGACUCGCAGUGAUUUUGUUUAAAUAACUAGAUUCUAAUUUCAAUUUUAUUUGUUAUGCAUUUUUGUGAGUUAAAUGAUCAGUGGGAAGGAUUUAUCUUUAGUAACCAUAUAGAAAAGGUUAGUGAAUUGCAGAGCAUUUCAUAUUUGCAGGUUCUGUCUAAUUAAUGUUUGAACUGUAUGGAACUCAUUGGCAACAAACACAAGAGAAAAGUGGCCUGUCUGAUUGUGUGUCUGCAUUUUCCACAGAAUCAAAUUAAAAUCUGGUGAAUUUGAAAGUUA